UAUAACUUUGUCCCCAACAAAAGCUUAAGCAUGGUAAGCACAUGAAUCAAAUCACAGUUUAAACUCAAUUCUAGUCAUAUGGGGGAGUUGGGGGUCCCAGUGGCAUUUAUCAAUAUACAUGUAUGUAUAGUAGAGCAUACCCAAUGUGCAAAUGACACGGCUGGAAAAUCUCUGUCAACUCUAUACAAUAGGAUCUGGUGGGUCAUGGCAUCAUCAUCUAAUGUGGUUGAUCCACCUUUUCCAAACAAGAUAACUGAUGGUGAUACCAUUUUGAAUGAGUUUGUAAUUGAUUGUGCAAACACAUGACUUCUGCAUCCUGGCCUCUGUGCAAGUAAUUAUAAUAACAAUUACAGAUCUUCUCUGAUGGAAACCAUCAGGAAAAUCUGAUGCAUCAAAAUCUGCAUUUGGACCAUUGGAUGCAUGGGCUUACUGAAAAAAAAAACUGAACAAGGACAAAAAUUUUUGCGUGAUGCACAUUUCCUGUUGUGAGCUACAAAUUGGGAUAUUAUUUGGGAUGGGAUGAGUAACCCAUUGAGAGGCAAAAAAAUUCAAAUAUUGUUACUAAGCAAUAUGCAGAAUGUAUCAUGUCAACAAAAAUGUAUGCAAUUAUUGACUGCAUCCUCUACCUCUACUACAAAUAAAUGCACAAACUGCCAAUCAACCAUGAUAACAUGCAGCAAUUGCUGGUGGUACAGGAAAAUAAAAAGUAAUUCAUUCUGUGCAACAUUAUUGUAAGAUCAUUUGUGCAGAAUUGGGAGUGAACUUUUCCAACAGAACAGCAGCAGCUAACAUCAAUCAGGAAACAGUACAUCAAACUUGCUGUCUAAAUUGCGACAGAUCUAUUGACGUUACACAGGAAGAUGCAUGGGAAAAUGAGACUUAUCUUCUCACCAUUGUUGAUGAGAUAUCAUUUGAUAGCAUCAAACAGUUGGAAACAUUGAACAAGUAUAUCAACUUGUUCUUAUGUAAUAAGUCCUUACAUAGUAGUAGUAACAAUAGCUAACUUAUAUGGUAAUCUUCCCAUUAGUAUCUUUCAGGGUGACUUCAAUUUACUCAAACCAGUGGGAGGAGAGUCACUCUUGAUGAAGAGAAAGGGCUUCUAUCUGUGUAGUAGAGAAAAAACCAACACAUUUCUUGAACUUAAAACAAACCAAAUUUUUUAAAAUAAUGUAGUCUGGUGGGGGAAGCUUCUUGAUGAUAUAAGAACAACAAAUGGAUUGAAAGAAGAGUAUGAUGUUCAAAUGAUCAAUUCAAGAAAAAUUGUAAAUCCUUGGGACAAACUCUGAGAAAAUAUUGCUUAUGCAAAAUACAUAAACACAGAAAAAUAUUCAAAAAAUGACAGCAUAUUUUCUGAGUCUCUUAAAACAACACAUUCAAGGAAUUUAAAAUUGCAGGUAGCUAGAUCACGCAAUUGUAAUAAAAGCUUCAAAUCUAAAACUAAAGAUAGACAGAAAAGAAAAUACAGAGACAUGCCAGAUUUUCAGAAAUAUUCUUGCUUACUAACUGCUGCAUCAGAUGCUGAUGUUGUUGCAGGUGGAACAAAAUCUUCCAAAAGGAUUACAGCAGAUGUCAAGAGAUCUAAAGCAAAUGAAGCCAUCAUUUGUACAUUCAAGAGAACAAAACUAAAAAAUGGGUACCAGGAUUGUGAAAUUAUCAACAUUGAUGGAUAUUUUGUUAAAUGUGUGGUGGAUGCUGACAAGGUUAAAUGGAUAGAGCUACUACUAGUACUACUUGAAGAAGGAAGCUCAAAAAAGGGAUCAAGCUCACUUCACAAAGCUCUCCAGCAAGGGGCAAAUUUGGAUGUUGUCUUCAAGAAAACGGCUCGAAAAUUUCACAUCAAGGUUGAACAUGUCACAAGGAAGAAAUGUACAUAACUGAAUUCCCAAUUAAAAUUGCCAAGAAUGCAACAAGAAUUCAAGAACUGGUGUUCACAAAUUACAGGAGGGAAGAUACUUGGUGGAAAAUGUGUUGAUUUCAACUUGGUCUGCACACAACAUGAAAAAUCAAUUGUAUUUAUGUUGUGCCUUUGAGAAGAGGAGAGUUGGAACUUCUUGUUGUUCCACCAGUGGUCUGUUUGUGAGAAUAUUCUUCUUGUCUCGUCCUCUUCUUCUUCCUCCUCCUCUCUCUCCUUGUUGUUGUUGUUGCUUAGAAAUUAACUCUGGUGCCAACAAUAUCGAACAUAGUGGACAACAAAUCAAAGAUUUGCAUUCCUACUAUUAGUAGCUUCGAAACAUCAAAUUGCCACAUGGGUUGUGUUCAUUCACUUCUAAAUUCUUUUUCAUUUUCCCACCUCGGCUAUCACUUAGUUCUUGCACCGUACCGGUACCGUAGUACUGCCAAUUGUAGAUGAAAGUUCAUCAAGUCGUUUAGGUCUAUCCGCCAUCCGUUCCAUUCAGGAGCAGAGUUCGAUGGAGCCAUCAUCGUACUAGUCAACUUCGUACCAACCAAAAGCUUGCAAGAUUUUUCUCUGGAAAAAUUCCUAACCGUGACAAUCACAACGCAAAUUGGCAAGGAAUUGCUCCGCCAGUUGUUUGACUAUAAGCAUUCUAAUUUGAUAAACAGAAUCGAUUAGGUUGAUAGAACAAUGAGUUCCUCUUACAUUACGAUACGCGAUGACACUGGCAUUCGAUCGCUUUCGGUGAACGAACGUGAUUUCCUUCGGUCGUGUGCGCUGAAGAAUGCCGAUCCUGGCGAGGAAGACGACAACGACUAUGAGCACAGCAACAGAGACAAUAGCAACAAGAUGCUUCGGUGCGAUGGGCGCAGGGGUAACGAUGUUCGAAAUGUGCGAAUGCAAUUGGGACGCUGGGACAAUGGGGCCGAAUGCACGGUGCAAUGGGGUGCCGGAACCCGAGUCACGUCGCUGUGUUCUGCCGAAUUGGUACCCCCUUCACCAGACCGUCCAAACGAAGGCAUUAUGAAUUUUACGGUGGACAUUUCACCCAUGGCAAGUUCUUCGUUCAAGCUUGCACCGGCGAUUAGCACGGGUCCUUCUGGUGGAUCGAUGUCUGUGAGAGGAUCCAAUCACUCCGACCAAUACCAGCGACUCCUGUCGAAUCGGAUCCUGAGGUGCAUCGAACGAAUCGUUUUGAUCGGAGGGGCGCUCGAUACCGAAGCACUCGUGUUGCAGGCGGGAAAAUGGGUGUGGAAAUUCACAGUGGCCCUGACGGUUUUGGAUGCCGGUGGAAACAUUCUGGAUGCCUGUGUUCUGGCUACCAUGGCUGCACUCAAGCAUUACCGAAAACCACAAGUAGAUAUUUCCGAGGACGACGAGUCAGAGGGAUAUGAGCCUAGCAACGUGGCAUCUUUACCGACCAUGAUUCCAUCGAUAGUCAAGGAGGCGACUCCUCUCCCGCUCCACCACACUCCUCUAUCGAUAUCUUUUGGUUUGAUACCUGCUGACGAUGCAGUGAAUAGUACCUCGUCGACUUCGGUUGUGGCUGCCUUGAUCGACCCCACCGACCGAGAGGAACUGGUACAGAGCGGGAGCUUGACUAUUGCCAUGAACGUGCACUCUGAGAUUUGCUUGCUAGAUUAUGGUGGAGGUUGUGAAUUGACCCCCAACAAACUCCGAGGAUGCUGGAAGGUUGCGGAAACUGCCGUGAAGAAUCUUUGCCAAUUGCUCGAAACGGCUCUGACAAAAGCAGACGAACAGGCCCAAGAAGAAAGGUUGCAACGCCUCCAAAUCAACCAAAACGGAGGAAUUCCUAGUUUGCCCCCGCUUCCACCGGCGGAUCGAAACAUUCCGUUUUUGCAAGAAACUGAAAACGAAGACGAUAUGGAGGUUGAUGCCGAGGUCGACGAAGCUCAGGUGCAACACAUUGACACCGAGGCCGAAGAGGCGUACCGCAAAAACGCACUCGAUUAUUCUUCUGGACACGCGCCGGUUUCAGUACGGGAAGACGGCGAUGCCGUUCGGGGUGCGGGGCAAAAGUUUGGAAACCAAGCAGGAUCUCUGCUUGCUGCAAUGCUCAAGUCGGUUGGCCAAGCUUCCGAUGCAACAGCCAACAAAGUUGGUGGUGAUAACACAGGCAAUGGCCCGAGCCAAAAAGAUACCGAUGGUAUGGCAGAGGCAAGCGAGGGUUUGAAAAAGGAAGAAAAAACAAUCACGACAACUGAAAAUUCUGAGCUUGCUGCUCCACUGAACAAAAAAGUUUCUGCCUCCAAGACAAGAACUUCUGCGGGAAUGGACCUCGACGACGAUGAAGAAGAGCAGCCAGUGACCCUGACUAGUGAGUUUGGAUCCGUAACAAAAACUGUCGGGUCGGAAGCAAAGAGAACAGAAGAGAUAAAAACACCAACAUUAGAGACAGACAUAGAUGACUUGUCUAUGGCGAUCAAGUCGAAAAAGAAAAAGAAGAAAUCGAAAAAGAAAUAAUGAUGGUUUCCUUGGAACUUGUCAAUGAAUCAGGGAAAGUUACAAACGUAUUUGAUGCUUUACAAACAGUUUGAAAAUGAUUUUAUACUUAUCAAUUUUAUCGUUGCGAUCCUUAGAGUUAUCACAGAUGAAAAAAUAUUGGUUUGCGUAAGGAAAGGCAUACAAAAUGGGAUAAAAUUAGUCUUUGCUA